ACGAAAACAAGCAUUUCUGUUUGGGAUUUGAGAAUCCUCCUUUCAUAUUCGUAGUUCACACAAACAAGGCAAACCAAAAGAUAAUGGCUGACAUGAAGAACUCAGAACUAAUCUUCAUUCCCUCACCAGGAAUUGGCCACUUAGUUUCGGCUCUCGAGUUCGCAAAGCGCAUAAUCGAUCACGAUUCUCGCAUUUCCUUCACAGUUCUCUGCAUUAAGUUCCCAUUCACUUCUUUUUCAGAUUCCUACAUCAAAUCAGUCUUGGCCUCCCAACCUCGAAUUCGACUCAUUGAUCUUCCUGAAGUAGACCCACCUUCACGAGAGCUUCUGAAAUCUCCAGAAUACUACAUCUAUCUCUUCAUGGAAAGCCUCUUACCCCAUGUCAAAUCCACUAUACAGAACAUCUUGCAUAUGGCUGAUUCAAACCCAGUUGUUGGGUUGGUCCUUGAUUUCUUCUGCAUGUCCAUGGUUGAUGUGGGAAACGAAUUGGGUCUUCCUUCUUAUUUGUUUCUGACCACAAAUGCAGGAUUUUUUGGUACUGUUCUUUCCCUUCAGAAACGCCAAAUUGAUGACGUGUUCAGUGAUUCUGGUCCUGACUUGUUGAUUCCAGGUUUCUCCAGUCUAGUUCCUCGUGGGGUUUUGCCUAAUCCUCUGUUUAGUAAAGAUGGGGGAUAUUUAGCUUUUUAUAAGCUAGCUCAGAAGUUCACAGAGACAAAAGGGAUUAUUGUAAAUAGCUUCUCAGAAUUGGAGCAAUAUGCUUUUGACGACAUACUUAAGGAUGAGAAAAUCCCUCCAGUCUAUUCUGUUGGUCCUGUGAUUGAGCUCAAGGGUCAGCCUAACCCUAAUUUGGACCAAGCUCAGCAUGACAAGAUAAUGAAAUGGCUUGAAGAUCAACCACCUUCCUCAGUUGUGUUUCUUUGUUUUGGGAGCAUGGGAAGCUUAAGUCCAUCUCAAACAAGAGAGUUGGCAAAAGGACUUAAGAAUAGUGGGGUUAGAUUCUUGUGGGCUAUGCGCUCACCACCAACUAAAGACAACGCAGACAGAACCUUAACAGAAGGUUUCUUAGAAUCAACACAGGAUAAGGGAAUGAUAUGUGGGUGGGCACCACAGAUAGAGGUUCUAGCACAUAAAUCCAUUGCUGGGUUUGUAUCUCAUUGUGGAUGGAACUCUAUCUUGGAAAGCCUGUGGUUUGGAGUACCAAUUUUGACAUGGCCUAUUUAUGCAGAACAACAGCUAAAUGCAUUCAGGAUGGUGAGGGAAUUCGGAUUAGCGGUGGAACUGAGACUGGAUUAUAGGACUGAUGGUGAUCUUGUUCUGGCUGAUGAGAUAGAGAGAGGGAUUGCACAGUUGAUGGAUAAAGAUAGUGAGGUGCAUAAAAAGGUGCAAGAGAUGAAAGAGAAGGCCAGGAAAGCUGUCUUUAGCAGUGGAUCGUCGUUCGCUUCUACUGGGCGACUUAUUGAGGAUAUCAUUCGUAAAAAUAGCUGCUGAUGGAUGCUCUUGGUUGUAUUUCAUUGAUGAAUUUGCUUCUUUCUUGAAAGCCACAAGUCUUUUGUGGGAAUAUCCCACCUGGCUUGAAACAACCAUAGUCAUAUAUCAAGGACAGAUUCAAUUUCAAGAAUUUAGCAGUUUCCGAUUCCUCUAUUGAUAUAGUUGCAGCCACGGAACAGCGUUCUCUUACCAUUAAGAAUCUGGAAAUGAAUUGCCUUUCAAUUUGGAAAGUCUGUAUUAUAUAACCUUGCAAGUUGCAUUUUGGAUUUUGUUUAGUUUUGGUAGUCAUCUCAAGUAUACCAUAUUCAAGAGUUGCCGCAUGUUAAUGUUUGUGUAUCAUAGUUAAGUAAGUAAUGAAAUGUAAUCCUUGAUGGAAUUGAACAUUUUUCCUGCUAUAAUGCCUUUUUUUUCACCUGCUAUAA